UUCCGUUGUCAGGUGGCGGCGCCGCAGCCAUGGAGGGAGGCGGCGGCGGUGGCUCGGGUUGCUGCGCUGGGAGGCGGCGGUGAGCGGCUCCCACGCCCCCGGCCCGGCCGCGGCCCCCCGGGACGGAGCGCCGAGCAGCCCCGGCUCCGGGCUGCGGACUAUGGGAUAGCAGUGCUGACCCCUCGGGAAAGAGCUGAGAAUGAAGCGGAGAGCAUCUGACAGAGGAGCUGGGGAAACGUCAGCCAGGGCCAAGGCUCUAGGGAGUGGCAUUUCUGGAAAUAACGCAAAGAGAGCAGGACCGUUCAUCCUGGGUCCCCGUCUGGGCAACUCACCAGUACCGAGCAUUGUGCAGUGUUUGGCGAGGAAAGAUGGCACAGAUGACUUCUAUCAGCUGAAGAUCCUUACCCUUGAGGAGAGGGGCGAGCAAGGACUAGAGAGCCAAGAGGAGAGGCAGGGCAAGAUGCUGCUGCACACCGAGUACUCUCUGCUUUCCCUGCUGCACACACAGGAUGGCGUGGUCCACCACCAUGGCCUCUUCCAGGAUCGUACCUGUGAAGUGGUUGAGGACACAGAGUCCAGCCGGAUGGUUAAAAAGAUGAAGAAGCGCAUCUGCCUUGUCCUGGACUGCCUCUGUGCACAUGACUUCAGCGACAAGACCGCUGACCUGAUCAAUCUGCAGCACUACGUCAUCAAGGAGAAGAGGCUCAGCGAGCGAGAGACUGUGGUCAUCUUUUAUGACGUGGUCCGAGUGGUGGAAGCCCUACACCAGAAAAACAUUGUUCAUAGAGACCUGAAGCUUGGAAACAUGGUGCUCAAUAAAAGGACCCAUAGGAUAACUAUCACCAACUUCUGUCUUGGAAAGCAUCUUGUGAGUGAGGGGGACCUGCUGAAGGACCAGAGGGGGAGCCCGGCCUACAUUAGUCCUGAUGUGCUCAGUGGCCGGCCAUACCGGGGCAAGCCAAGCGACAUGUGGGCCCUGGGUGUGGUGCUCUUCACCAUGCUGUAUGGCCAGUUCCCCUUCUAUGACAGCAUCCCACAGGAGCUCUUCCGCAAGAUCAAGGCUGCUGAGUACACCAUCCCUGAAGAUGGGCGGGUCUCUGAGAACACAGUGUGUCUCAUCCGAAAACUGCUAGUCCUUGACCCCCAGCAACGCCUGGCUGCUGGCGAUGUCCUGGAGGCCCUCAGUGCCAUCAUUGCAUCAUGGCAGUCACUGUCCUCCCUGAGCGGACCCUUGCAAGUGGUUCCUGACAUCGAUGACCAAAUGAGCAGUGCAGACAGCUCCCAGGAGGCAAAGGUAACAGAGGAAUGCUCUCAGUACGAGUUUGAGAACUACAUGCGGCAGCAACUGCUGCUAGCUGAAGAGAAGAGCUCCAUCCACGAGGCCCGGGGCUGGGUACCCAAGCGGCAAUUCGGCAGCGUGCCACCAGUGCGAAGGCUGGGCCAUGAUGCGCAGCCCAUGACCUCUUUGGACACGGCCAUCCUGGCACAGCGCUACCUGCGGAAAUAGUGCCCUCAGCCAAGGGCACCAGCCCCAGCACACUUCUCCCCCCAACGAGAGGCCUAGCCAUCGGGCCUGGGCUCCGUAGUGCUAGACUAACUCUCCUAAGCAAUGGGGACAAGGCAAGGGACAGGGACAGCCCAGGUCACAGCUGGGGUCAACAAAGGUACCCCGAAGCUACCUUUUGGGAUGAUUGCUUGAUUGUUUGGUUUUUGUUAAUCUGAGACGCCUAGAUACCUAAUCUGCUUUUAAUCAUGACAUUUUAAUCUACCUCUGUCUCUUUAACCAUGCUGUCUCUGGACUGAGUGCCUGGAGGAGGAGAGGGAAGCCUGCCUGCUCACUGCCCAGGCCCUGGUACAACCACCAUCUGGCCCAGACCAUUGCUCCCCACAGUCCAAAUAAGCUGACCAUGCAGCUAGCUGCUGGCCCUCAAUGAGCACCCCCUCCCCCCUCUCCUGGCCUUGCCCUCAGUCUAAGCUUUGGAACACUUUCACCUCAUCUUCCGCCCAAUCCAAAUAUAUUUAUUUUUUUACUGAAACCAACUUCUCUCACAUCUCUAGGCUCAGCCCAUGGCCACUCCCUGACCCCCAGCCUGGCUGGACAACAGGGUCGAUACCUGCAUGUGGGCUCCCUUCUCUCCCCUGGGCACCUAGGAGCCCCCUUGUCAGCCCCUCUCAGCUCUCAGCCCUCAGCCCACCAGGCCCUCUGUUUCUGGUAAUAGGAGACCUUUCUAGACUUGGCUCUUUCUCUGUCUCAGUAGCUUCUCUGAGGUGCUGUACAUGCACACUAGCCCUGCUUCCUCCUCCAUCCUUCACGUGGUAUCCAGGUAACAUGGACACAAUGUGAAGGGACUGGUAGCCAGCUCUGGAGGAUGCUCUGGGCCUGCUGCAGACGGGCCACUUGCCUGCUUUUUUUCUCCCCUAUAUUCUUGUGCUCAGAGACCCUUUCAUCCUGCCUCAGAACAGAUGUCAUGUCUCCCCCAGCAGACCCUGGACAGAUGCCUACAUGGGAGUGGUAGGCUUAUGGGGAGGUGUGUAGGGGCCGGGGUCCUACCUGUCUGGUUUGAGAACAUGCCUGCUACCCUUUUUGAGCCGAAAUUUUGAAGUGGAUGCCUGUCUUGCCAGAAAUGCUGUUCUCAUCAGAAUGCCCCUUCACCCGCUGGACUUUCCCUACCCAGUACUAAGCAAAGACCCAGCUCUGGUGGCCUACGACCCAUGCACCCCUCAGAGAGGCCAAAUCUCCCUCCAGGCAGCCCUUGGCCCUUCCUGCCUCUUCUUGCUCCCUAAUGGGGAAGCCAACGUGUUUUUCAGAGUGUGAGCUGCUCCCCCCAACCCCGAAAAGCUGACUCACUGUGAGUGACCUUGGGCAAGUUCCCAAACCUCCUUGUGCCUCAGUUUCCCCAUCUGGAAAAAAUGGGGCCACCUCUUGCCAGCAGUAGCAGGGCUGCCCAUGCCCCUUCCUUCCCAUUCCCCCUAACCAGCACUGGGCGCCUUGUGCCUCUGUCUCGCUGGGUCUGUGGGAACCUGAGCCCGGCACUUACUCCCUAGCACCCAGCUCUGCCUCCAGCCAUCUAGCUGCUGAGAGCCGGGGUAUGGUGCUGUGGGGGAGGGCUCUUUUCUAUAUUUAUUUGAUAAAAGUCUCCCAAGGGAGCAGAAAUGCAGACAGCCUGGGCUCCCAGCCUGAGACUGCCCUCCGGUAAGGCUAUGAGGUCUGGCCAGAGCCCUCCUGGGUAGAGACCUGCCCAGCCCCUCUGGCCUACAUCCAUGUGCGGUCUUUCCCCUCCUUUUCAAAGCAAUACCCUCAGGUCUGCAGAGCCCCAUCAGAGAGCCUGGUUCCUUUCAAGGUCAAGCCUGGGUCUGAUGGUGUUUCUAGCGACACAGAUAGGAGGAGGUUGCGUCUGCCCUCACUGGUGUCACACACUGAGAGAAGUCCUAUUGUAAAGAGAAAACAAAAUGGAAAAAGUCACAAAAAAGUUUGUAUAAAGACGUAUUUUUGUACUACAUGGGGACUCUUCCUGCAUGUCAGCAAUAAAAUUUCCUGAUCUGGAGCCAC